UAUUUUUUUAUUGUAAUUCCAAUUUCCAUAGAAAAUGGACUUGGCGAUCCGUGAACUUAUUUGAAUUUUGAAUCGUAUUGCGUCUGAGAAUGUACGCCGCCUCUAAAUAAAUAUUCUAACAGACAUAAAGUUAGACUGUGACAUAUUUAGAUUAAUCGAACACUAAAAAUUUCUUUUUACGAAGUGCAAAAGUGGUUUAGUGUUAAAAAUAGUGCGUGCUUAACUUCCAGAACUUACUCCCAUGGAUUAUAAGCGCCAUGUGAGCUGCCCGUAACAUGGCGGUGGGCGAGGCGCGCGUGCCGCUGCUGAGAGAGGAGAGACAUGCUCACCAUGGCGAGGCGGUGAAGAGCAAGCAGCUGUCGGGCGGCGCGCUGGUGGUCACCUCGCUGCUGUCCGGUGCCGCGGCCGGAGCCCUCGCCAAGACUGCCAUCGCCCCGCUCGACCGCACCAAGAUCACCUUCCAGAUCUCUGAGACCCCGUACUCAUGGCGCGCGGCGGUGCGGUUCAUCGCGCACAGCGCGCGCACGGAGGGCAUGGUGGCGCUGUGGCGCGGCAACAGCGCCACCAUGGCGCGCAUCAUACCCUACGCCGCCAUCCAGUUCACGGCGCACGAGCAGUGGAAGCGGGUGCUGGCGGUCGACACGCCGCAGACCGCGCAGGAGGCGCCGCUGCGCCUGCUGCUGGCGGGGUCGCUGGCGGGCGUGACGUCACAGAGCGCCACGUACCCGCUGGACCUGGCGCGCGCGCGCAUGGCCGUCGCCGACUACCGCUCGCUGCGCGCGGUGUUCACCAGGGUGCUGAGGGAGGAGGGGUUCGUCACGCUGUACCGCGGCUACCCCGCGACAGUGCUGGGAGUGAUCCCCUACGCCGGCGUCUCGUUCUUCACCUACGACUCGCUCAAGCACUGGUACCUCGAGUAUACGGGCGCGAGUCCGCGCGGCAUGACCAAUGUGGUGCUGGGCGGUGCGGCGGGCGCGCUGGCGCAGAGCGCGUCCUACCCGCUGGACAUCGUGCGGCGCCGCAUGCAGACCGCGCGCCGCCGCCCCGACCAGACCUACCCCUACCCGACCAUCGCUGACACCCUGCGCACGGUGUACCGAGCCGAGGGCUGGCGCGGGUUCUUCAAAGGGCUGAGUAUGAACUGGGUGAAGGGGCCCAUCGCGGUCGGCAUCUCGUUCGCCACGUACGACGCUAUCAAGACUGCGCUCAGAGAUAUAUCACUCACACUCACCACGUGAGGUGUUGGGUAAUGUUUGAUUACCAAAAAUACCCGUCAGUUUGAUGCAUACAAUGCGGCAACAAAGGGCAUUGCUCAGCGUACAUAUAAACAUUUAAGGUAUCUACAGUCAUAAAAAAAAUGGUGUAGCUAAUUAAUGAUUACCAAAGUUACCUGUCAGUUUAAUACAUACAAUGGGGCAACAAAUCAAUCUAAAAAAAAUUGUGCUCAACGUACAAAUAAAGGUCUAAGGAAUCAACAGUCAUAAAAGAUGAUUGUUGGGUAAUCAGUGAUUACCAAACUUACCUGUCAGGUACAUAAUUACAAUGGGACACCAGAGGUCAGUGCUCCGCGUACAUAUAAAGACUUAAGAAAUACAGUCAUAAAAGAGAUAUGUGUCGGGUACUCAGAGAUUAUCGAAAUUACCUGUCAGUUUAAUACGAGUACAGUCCGAUGCAAACUUUAUGACGUCUCAAAAAUAAACUGUGAGUUUAGCUUUGUAGGCAAUACAUAAAGUCAAGAAUCGUGAGGUGACUGCGGGUAUGAGAGGGGCGCGCGCAGGCUGUGCCCUGCCGCUGCGUCAAUACGUCCCGCUAAUCCCAAAAAUUUUGCGUUGCGCAUCUUAACGUACGAUGUUCCGGAAUGCCAUAAAAUCGUACAAAUAGUCAUACAAAGGUUAAAGUGGACUGUAUGAUUGUAAAUAAUAUAAUAAAUAAAACUAUAUGGAACAGCAAAUAAAAAUAACGGACACUUCUAAGAAUUCAUUUAUUUUAUAAAUAUUCUCAAGUGUUCAUUAAAAUAUGGUAGUUAAUGGGCAAAUUAUUAUAAUUUGGGCAAUGUCCUUUGACAAUUAUAGUCAGUUGCAAAGCAUAUAUAUGCCGAUCGGUAUGAUUCCUAUCUCGUUAUUAUGAAAUGAAAUGCUGAUUGACGUUUUGAGCACAGAGGAAAAGCAAUAAUUUAUUCUUGUUAAAUGUUUGAUAUAUUACUUUAGCGGCUUAAGUCUCGUAUUGUCAAGUAUGUGUAUUUUCAUUUUGCAUAUCUGAAUAGCUCUACGGCUUAAGAAGUCGGACUGUACACUGAGAGGUCAUCAAUAGUCAUUAAAAUUUUUAAAACGCUCUUUCUAACUGAUUUGAGGGGAUUACUUGCCUUAUUUACAAAAUAUGACUAAUAGUAUUAACAAAAAUCAAAUAACCAUUAUACGUCUCCUAGCGUCAGUCGCUGAUCCGAGAGUAGAGUCCGCCUUAAAUGCGCAACACGACAUAUCUCGAGAUGAGAAAACCAGUUGGUAAUGUUAAUGUUAAAAAUUGCAAAUCAAUAAAUAUCGCUGUCUCUAUCGUUGCGUGGACGAAAGAGACAGCGAUAUUUCAACUUCUCCGCUAUUGGUAUAUUCUAUAUACCUUUUUCUCAUACCGAGAUAUGUCUUUGUCGCAUGCUGGGCCUAAAGUAUACAGAAAAUGCCAAUCAGCCGUCGCACUGAGUCGCAGUGAGCUACUAUGCUUAUAGUUAAGAAAGACUUCAAUUAAAGUUAGACUAGCGCACAUUCGAAUUAACUUGAAUCGAAGUUCACGGUGAGAACAAAAUAGAAAAACGGCUAAACUCAAUGGUGAUUAUUAUCGGAGCUUAUGCGCCAAAUUGUUUAAAGAGAUUGGUUUACAUGAAAUAAACUAUAACUAACUAAUAGCUCAUAACUAAGUACCCCGUAUGGAGGUUAAAUAAGUCAGGCGUACUCCGUCAAUAACCACAUCAGCUUAACCGUAUAUUCUGUAUUAUGUAAAGAUAUUUGCAUAGUGAAUAUAUUUCUCGUUGUGCUAUGGACUUGUAUUGGUAAUCAUUGAUUACCAAAUUUACCUGUCACUUUAUAUUUGUUUUUAUUGAAUGUUUACAGAGUUAUGUGUACAGUGAAAAUGUUAUUUUGUUAAGAAUUUUAUGUGUGUUUUUGAGACACAUCUCGUAAGGUAAUUUUAAUAAUUUUUUAAACGGCGCCAGUAUUUCAUAAAAAAGUUUUUUGUUAUUAAAAUAGUACGCUCAAAAUACCAUUUUGUAUGUUACAUUAUUUUUACAGUUAAUGCACUUCGAUAAUCUACGGGUAAAAUAAGCAAUAUUAAAAUUACAUAAUGUAUUAUGUAUGUAUGUAUUACUGAGGUAAUAUAUUACUGAAAUAUGAAAUAUUUCAUCUGAUGUGUUGUGUAUUAAUUUAUAAAAUUAUUUUCGUUCAAUAUUUGAUUAAAUAUUCCAUCAAAAAGAUAUUACCAUCGGUAACAAUUACCUAAUUUAUAUUUUCCAAGUCGUUUGACGUUAAAUUAUACACGUUUAUGUUAUUUAAUAACGUAGAUAGAUAAAAUAUUUAAUUGUUAGAUGUAUAGAAUCACCGUGUCAUGAAUUUGUGCAAUGAAUUGAUUAGUGAGCUUAAUUAUAUAUAAUAUCGCCACAUUUUUAUAUAAAAAUAGUUUCGCAAUAAUUUUUAUCAUUGACUUUUUAUUUUAUUAUGAUUGUUUUAUCGAAUAUAGUAUAUUAGUAUAUUGUGUUAUAUUUUUACUGUUUAUCUCAGAUGUACAUAUUAAAUAGUUAAUAGAAAUAG